AUGGCGACCGCUGUAGAUAGCGUUUGCCACAAUGACCCCAACUUUGCUGUGAUUUGCUCGUUUCUGGACAAGCAUAGCGAAGCUUUGGGGUUGCCAGAAAUUUCUUUUACAGAUCUUCAAAAUUUUAUCGAAGACAACAAAACUGUUGAUAAGGUAUUAACUGAUCUACAUAUAUUCCUGCUGAGGAGAAUUGGCAAGACAAGUGUGACUGCUGAGAGAUUAGAAAGGCAACUUGUCAAGUUUUGUCACAACUUCUCUGAUGUGGACGCAUGGGAAAUUGAGAGAAUCGGUUACCGAUUGGCCAAAGUUUCUACAAAACUAAGGAUUUUAAAGAAUCUGCUUGAGGGCCAGUUCGAUUAUAAUACGAAAUUCAAAGAAAAGGUCAAUGAGCGGAAAGCUGAGGAAAUGCGUUUCCAGCCAGUGGGGCGGGACAAGAACGGCUUGGCUUACUGGUACCUUCUGGAUCAGGACCAGAAUCUUCUGGUGUACCGAGAGGAACAAGAUGAUGCAGACAGUGAAACAUGGCAGUUGGUCUGCUGCAACCGGGAUGACUUGGCCAAGUUGAUAUCAAAGCUGAAGGAAGAUGGGGACUUAAAGUUUGAUGAUAUUAGUUCAUCUUCUACAAAGAGCAGCAAAGAAGGCAGUCCUGAGGCAGAAGUUAAGGAAGAGCUGAAACAGGAAGAUGAGGAUGGGUCAGAGGUCACGGUCAAAUUGGAGAAGAGUGAGAUCAAGGUCGAAGAUGUCCAGAUCAAACAGGAAGUAAAAGAAGAGCCAGAAAACAAGGAGGAGUCUGCUAAGGAAAGCAAGUCUGUGAAGGAGGAACAAGAAGUGUCAGAAUCUCGGAAGAUGUCAGUAUCAAGCAAAGAAGAUGAGAGUAAAAGCUCUGAAAAAGCUAAGAAAGAACAAGAAGAUGAUGAUUCCAAAUCAAAGGAUCCUGAAGAAUCCAAGAUAGAGAGAGAGAGCAGGAGUGAGCCUGAAGAGAAAGCCCAGGAGAAACAUGGACCAGAUAGGCUAGAGAGGAAGGUAGAUGACACAGGUGGAACAGGACCGUCAGCUUCACCAGACACAAAGAAGGAUUGCAAGGAGUCAAAAGAGCAGAAGAAAAUGCCUUUAGAUAAACAUGACCAAGAUUCUGUAAAUAAGAGUCAGAAAAAAGAGUCAGAAAAAUCUGAUGACAAAUCAGAAGAAAGUAAAACAAAACAAUCCAAAGACAAAGGUGACAAGUCUGAAGAAAAGUCGAGUAGUGUUGUGUUAGAUGAAGAAAAGGGUAAACCUUCAAGUGAUGGACAGAACAAUGAUAUUGAAUCUCCAGAAAGCAGUAGUUCACAAAAGAAGUCAGGAGAGGUGAAAGAAAAAGAAAAAUGUGAGAAAGACUGUCAUCAGAAAUCCGAGAAAUCAGGUAAUCAGGUAGAAACAGCCAAAGCCAAAACAGAAACAGAGGAUAGUACCAAGAUAUCUUGCAAGGGAAUAACAGUGGAAGUAAUAGAAAAUAUCGAAAGUACAGGAAAGAAAGAGGAAAAAAGUAAAGAAGAGGAGAAAACAGAACAAAAGAAAGGGAAGGAGGAAACAAAAGAUGUGAAAGAGGAAACAAAUGGAAAGAAAGACAAAGGAAAUAAAGAGGAAACUGAAAGAGGGGAGGAGGUUAAAGUAGAAGACAAAGAAAAAUGUAAAGAAAAGAAAGAGGAAGCAAAGGAAAAGAUAGAACAAACGAAAGAGAAGGUAGAAGAUGCGAAAGAAAAGACCUGUCAAGAGGAAGAGGAUUCUUCAGAUAAGCAUAAAGACGUAGCCAGCUCAAGAGAAGCAGAAGAAGAACCAGAACCAGUCAAAGGAAAAUUACCGACUAACAAUGACAAAGAAAACAAGACCAAAGAAGAAAGUGUAGAACAAAAGGAAACAGACAGUAAGGCACAAAAAGAGGAAUCAAACAUACAGACUAAAAACUCCGGCAGUUUAGCUUCAGAAGUAAAAGAACAGCAUAAAGAUUCUAGUGUUGAUAGUGACAAAAAGUCUGACUCAAAGAAGUCGGUGAAAUGUGCUAAAACAGACUCCAGUAGUGUAAGCUCAAAAGCACAGGACAAUAUAGAAAAAGAUGGUCAUAAGAAGGCUAAGAAAAAGAAAGCUAAGUCAAAGAAAGGUAAACAUGAUUCUCCCAAAGAGGACAAGGAUAAUAAGGAUGGUUCUGUAAGUGAUAAGGAAGGAAGAACUGUCACAUCCAAAGAUAAUGUUUCUAGAGCCAAACGUGGGUCCAGGAAAGCCAAGAAUACAAAGGGUUCUGAUGAAGAUGAGAAGGAUGAAGAUUCAGAAAAGGAUGAAGACACUAAGGAAGAUAAAAAGGAAGAGUCUAAGAAAAAAAGUGUACCUGAACUAAAACCACGACCAACGCCAACCAGAAGUUCUCGACGAGCCAGGAAGAUGCCAGAUAAAUAUGAAGACUUGGAGAACUUACCUUCACGGCGAUCAGCUAGAAAAAGAACAGUGCCAAAAGAAUCUGAGACAGCAGAAAAUGGUUCAUUGGAUAGUGAAAAUUCUAAGGAUACCCCUGGUAAAACUAAAACAGCUCGGAAACUGAAGGGCGCUAAUGAUGAUUCUGAUACUGAAGAGUAUGAUCAUAAUAAGGAGAAUUCAGUGAAGCAAAAAGGAGGAAGGGGUGUGAAAAGAACAGCUGAUCGUGGCACAAGGGAACCAACUGGAAAGAAAGCAAAACGAGGUGCUUCCAGAAGUCAUGGUACUGCAAGGUCAAGAACAAAGCGAAAAGGAAAUGUGUCUUCGUCAGAGAGUGAUAGUGAAGAUGUUCCUCUUAGUAAGGUGAAAGGAGGUAGAGGUCGAGGAGGAAGAGCAGCCAGAGGGGGUAGUGCUAGGGGGCGGGGCAGAGGUGGAAGAGGGGCAGCAGCAGAUCCUGUUGUCACAAAUGGAGACAAAUCUCAAAAAAAGAAACAAGUGUCAGAAACCAGCAGUGAUGAUUCUGACUACUGCCCAGGAAAGAAGAAGGGCAAAGGCAAGGGCCGAGGUCGAGCAAGAAAAAGGAAGGCUUCUGAUGCUGAGGAUUCUAGUGAAAAUGGGCCCAAGAGGGGCGGGCGGCGCCGAAAGCGCCCCCCAUCUUCUGAUUCAUUUAGUGAUGACCUGUCAGAGUCUUCUGAAGACCUGGUGUUCGGGCCAUCAGGUGAAGAUGAGUUUCAGCAGGAGGAGCUUAACACUGAUGACGAAGACUUCCUAACUCCCAAGGGCAGGAACUAUCAGAGACAGAUUGCCCGAGCAGAGAAAGACAACUUCCAGCCCGGUGCAGAUGAUACUCCAUGCACAAAGUGCAAAAGAUAUGACCAUCCUGAAUGGAUUCUGCUCUGUGAUAAGUGUGACAGUGGGUACCACACUGCCUGUCUCCGACCACCGAUCAUGAUCAUUCCGGAUGGAGACUGGUACUGUCCACCUUGUCAACAUGUCAUGCUGGUGCAGGUUCUACAAGAAAAUCUUCUCAACCUAGAUGUCUCUUUAAAAAAGAGGGAGCGGUUAGUCAGGAGAAAAGAACGUCUAGCCUUUGUAGGUAUCAGCCUGGAUAACAUUCUAAAAGAGGACAAGAAGAGCAACAUCCAGCUGCACAAGGAACGAGAGGAGAGGAUGAUAGCGAUAAUGACGAAGCGAAUCAUGAAGGAGGAGAGGGAAGUCCCUGAUGAAGUGUACUCCAAGAGGUCCUGCCGAUCUCGCCAGUCCAUGAGCUACAGGUUCACCGAGUAUGACAAUCUCAUCAACAGUGCUAUUGGGGAUGACAUCAAGGAGGAAUCGUAUGAAGAUGACAGUUACUCAGAUGAAAGUGUCGGAGGGGGAGGCCGAGGUGGCAAGGACAUGUCCAACAUCACCGGUCGUCCUCCGCCUGUUGUCAACCGGGAAAAGAAAAGCCAGAAGGCCCGUCGGAGGCGCCGUCUCACUCAGCUGGACAGCGAUGAAGAAGGGGAUGAGAGUGAUGAAUACCAGGCUUCCAAAGACUCUGCAUCAGAAAUGAGUUAUGAGGAACCAGUAAGUGAGGUUGAUUCCGAGGCGUCAGACUGGCAGCCACGCACAGGCCGUUUUGGUGUCAGGCAUACCAGAGUACGCACCUCACGUGGAAUCAGGAGGAAGUGGUCACGCUUUGAUGAUGAUUUUGUGGUUGAUGAUGACUACGAUAGUGAUGACAGUGCCAGUAACCGGAGGUCAACACGAGCCUCUUCAAAACGACGGGUCAACUAUCAGGAAUUCAAUUCUGAUGAAUCGGAAGCGGUAGAAUCUCCAAACUCAGAAUCUGAUGACGAUGUAUCUGACAGAGAUUUGUGUUCAGAUGAUUCUGAUAGGAAGUCUAGAAAACCUGUGCGUCGUCGUGAUCAGAUCAGAUGAUAGCGAAGAAGAAGAAGAAAAGCAAAGAAAGAAAAAACACAGACAGUUGAGAAGAAGAAAAUGAAGAAGAAGCGCCCAAAAAUCAAAGACCGAAGUUCUGAAUCAGAGAAAGAUGUUUCAGAUAGUGGAAAGAGCCAAGAGAGCGAGGAGGAAGAAGAAGAGGAGACAGAGAAUGAAAAGAGUGAGGAAGAGUCAUCAGAGGAAGAGAAAAAGAAGUCACAGCGACGACCACAAAGAAAGGCGUCGAACGUUGAUUUCAAAAGUUUCCUCGCAUCAGAGUCUGAAAGUGAUGCAGAAAAAGAAAAAACAGUUGUUGUGAAUACUAAGCGAAAGGUUCGUGGAGGGAAGAAUAUGGAGAAUAUUCUGAAAGCAGGUAGAGAGGAUAGCUGUGAUUUCUCCUCUUACUCUAAACCAGAUGGUGAGUCUGAUGAUAGAACUGAUGAUGGUGAAAGGACUAAUGAUGGGGAAAGUAGUGGUAGAAAGUCCGACCAGGAAAAGAUUGACACAGUGUCGGAAGCCUCCAAAGAUUCUCAAAGUGCACUGGAGGUGAAUGGACAUGACCACCCUGCUGGGGAUGGUAAACCAAAUAAAGAUGUACCCCCACCAGGAUUCUCAAAUGAAGGGGAAAAGUUUAGGUCUCAUGGUAGUGAACCGUUUCCUCACCAGGGUCCCCGAAACUUUCAGUAUCCGUAUGGUGCUCAUCAGAAACAGUAUAUGCAUCCUCAGUAUGGUCCAAUGUCUCAAGGUCUUCCUCCCCACUCACAAAUGAGUUCCCCACCCCAUGGGUCCCCUCAUCACCCGCAGGGGACGCCGCCCCACCCCCAGGGCACCCCUCCACACGGGACGUCCCCUCAUCAUCCUUCCAGUGCAUCUCCCCACCAUCCACCCUCUUUAUCUCCACACCAUGCUCCUAUUGCUUCUCCUCAUCAACCUCAUGGCACCCCACCUCAUCCUCAUGGAAUGCCUCAGCACAAGAUGGGACCACCACCUGUUCCACAAGGUCAGCCAUACCCCCAGGGGCCACCCCUUCCCCACCACAUGGGACCCCCAGUUCCUGGCAUGCCAUUUCGGCCACCUCACCCAGGGUACCAACAAGGCCCACCCCAUCAUGGUGGACCACCUCCCCACUCUCAUCCACCUGGAGGACCACCUCCCCAUUCCCAUCCACCUGGAGGACCACCUUCCCACUCUCAUCCACCGGGAGGACCACCUCCCCACUCUCACCCAGCAGGAGGACCACCUCCCCACUCUCAUCCAGCAGGAGGACCACCUCCCCACUCCCACCCAGCAGGAGGACCACCUCCCCACCCUCAUCCCACAGGGGGGCCACAGUCCCACCCUCAUCCUGCAGGAGGACCAUCACCCCACCCCCAUCCUGGGGGAGGACCACCACGUCCACACCAGUCAGGGGGACCAAUUCCAUCCCAUCCAGGGCCACCACACCCCAGAGGUAUGCACCCUCAUCCAGGACCACCAAUUCCACAUGGCCCACAAAAAACAUCACGGCCCACCUCACCCUCAUGGUCCACCCCCAAGAGGUAUUCCUACUUAUGGCCCUUACCCCCAUUAUGGAGGCCCCCCUGGGUCCUUCCCACCAAAUCAACCCCCUCCAGUGAGACAACACCUUCCACCCACCUCCCAGAGUAACGCCGGUCCACAGGUACCCCAUCCACCACCUUCAUCAACUUCGUCUAGUGGCAGUAGUGGUUUCAUGAUGGACAAUCUGCUACGAGACAAUCGCCAGUACCCUGAAGAGAGACAGUAC